UAAUUGUUCGUGGCCUUGGUCAUGUUAGUGAGAGAGAGAGAGGGGGGGGGGUCAAAUAAACAAUAUUCACUUGUUUUCACAACUAUCUAAAACCCAGAGACAGCUGAUCAGGGUGUUGUCGUGGAGUGACAUGAAAAAAUAACAGGAAAGUAGUCAGGUGGUGAUCAGGGAAAAAUUAUUGGGAUGGGGGUGGGGUGGGGUAGAUGAAUGUUGGAAUGUCAGAGGACUAAUCCAAUAUUGUGUACACACAGCAAUUCUCAAUUUUUAUGUAUGUUGUAAGCAGUGUAAAACUCAAUUGACCACUCAGACCCACGAAUCUUUAGCUUCAAAUUUGAUUCCUUGGAAUAUCUUUCUUGGAGAUAUUGUACAAAGUACAAACGAUCUAGUUAGUUUUAUUUAUAGAUGGUCCCAGCAACGUAACCAUUCAGUACACCACUGACACUGAGGAAUAAUGGAAAGGAAGUGGAACAAUAACCAUUACUUGUAAUGCAGACUGUAAUCCACGAUGUAAUUAUUGGACGUUAUAUCGCAACGGACGCUGGUUAUCUUCAAGAAAGACAAAAGUGCUCACCAUGGAUCGAAAAAACUCGGGACAGUACAGCUGCACAGUCUGGAAUCCUGUGUUCGGGACUCGUGUCGAUUCGUCUAACACAGUCACACUUGAUAUCAAAUAUAGGACUGUCAGGUUAUCAUCUAUAAAGAAGAAUAUUACACUUGAGGUAAACCGUAAUCUUCCAUCCAAUGUUGUGUGUACCAUUGACUGCAACUAUGGAGGCUGUGGUUCUUCUAUCAUCAGGGUUCUGAGGAAUUCCGAGGUCUACAAUACGAUUCAUCCUAACCAGAGCAUAUUUCCAAGUCGACAAGCGCUUGUCUCAGAUGAUGGAAUUUAUAAAUGUAUAUUAUCUGACAACACCGAGUCGGCUGAAGACAUUCAUCUGCAUAUACUAUAUGGACCAAGAAACGUCAGAAUUAUGAAGGGCUUGACAAAUGCCGAUGCUGAAAUUGUUCUGAGAGAGGGAUAUACUGGUACUUCGCUGACUUGUGUGUCCGACUGCAAUCCAGCAUGUAGCAUAUCGUGGUAUAAAGAUGGGGGAGUGCUGUCUCCUCAACGACGGAAGACCAUUUAUAUUAUAUCCAACAGACGGAGUUCUGGUAAUUAUGGAUGUGCAGCAACAAGUGGAAUUGAAGGGACUGUGUCUUCUAAACAAGUGAAAGUAACAGUUCACUAUUCGCCUAAGACUGUGAAAAUAAUGCCAGGCAGUAACGUUUAUUAUUCACGACGAGGAGGAAGACCACUGGAGAAUAUCACAUGUCAAGCGGACUGUCUGCCAGAGUGUAACUACACGUGGAAGAUAGAGAUGCCAUAUUGGCUGGACACAGUCUUUGAUACAGGCGACACGUUAUUUGCAAAUAAAGGGUUCUGGUAUAACAGUGAUAAACGCUUUAAAUGUGUGGCAAAGAACGAUGUCAGCGAAAGAGAAAGUAGAUGGAUAACAGUCGACAUGAAGAAGGGACCGGAUAAUACAAGGAUUACAACAAAACCUCCACGUGGAAGUGAACACGAGCCGUUUGAAAUGGAGUGUUCGGCUACUUGCAAAGAUGGAUGUCUAUCCUACCAUUGGUUCCACGAUAGAAAGUUAAUUCACAAUGGGGAACGUCUUCACUUUAGCACCCUUUUAAAGACAGAUAAUGGAGUAUACACCUGUACAGUCAGAGACUACUUUGGAACAACCUCUAAAUCCUAUGAUUUGAACGUACAAUGUGAUUCCACCAUGUAUGAUCUGAGCACUGACCAGGAUGACGUCACCGACCAGAAUGUGACAUCUUCCUUAUCCAGUGCUAAGACGACGAAUAGAAGGAGUAUUAUAAGAAACGAGGAAAUAUUGACACUGAGAGCCGAGAGAGAAAAGUACAAUCAGGAAACAAAGAAACUGAAAGAGGAGGCGGAAUAUUAUAGAAUCAAAUCGAUGUAUCUAAAAAUGAGAAUGAUACAGUCAAACAAAGAUUCCGAUUAAUAGAUAAUGUAUAUUAUUCUGUGUCACGUGAUUGAAGCCAAUGCUGGUGCCUUAUUCCUUUUACAAUCUUCAAACCUACAACUUAUAUCCGAGCUAAUUUUCACUCAAUCUUGACUUCUUUUUUACAAUUUAAUUCAAUAACUCGUUAAAAGUAAUUAGGACAUUUACAAUGGAGUACGGAAAUUCAUCGUCUGUCUGCACUAAUAUUAACCUUCGUCAUUUAUCUCGUAUUAAUUUAUCUUAUGUACUAAUGCUUCAAAUGAACAACAGUGAUAUAAGUCACAUAUGUCUACAUGGAGUUUGAUGGUGAUAUGUACUGUGUUUGAACGAAACGUGUGUAGAACAUCUGAUCCUUAGAACUGGCACUCUGUUUUUCUUUUUAGUUCUUACAAGUUCAUUGUUAUUUCGGAUAUCCAAUAUUUCGUAUUGAGCAUCACUGAGGAGACAUUAUUUGUCGAAAUACGCAUUUGGUCCAUAAAAUUGGUACGGUAUACGUUUUACAUCUGUAACAUUUCUUAGUGAGCAUCUGUAACAAUUAUUGUUUGUUGUGUUGACCUUUAUUCGAUGUCUGUAUAAUUGUAUAUAACAAUAGUAUCAUAUAAAUAGCCGAUAGUGUACACUC